UUUUUAAAUGAAAAUAGUCAUAAAUAAGAUUAAUAUAAUUCUUAUCUGAUGCCUUUUAUACAUAUCCAAAGCAGACAAUCCAGUUAGAUGAACACUUCAUGAAAUUAUUGGAGAUUGGACUUUCGUCCUCUCCACAGAUACUUUCAAACCUGAUUUACACUCACAAAAGAUUACUUGUGGUAAAGGACAGCCUGGGAAAAUCCCUAAAAUUAAUAAAGAUCAUAAAUUCGAAUUCAAAUCUUCUAGAAAUUUGGAUCUCAAGCUCACAAAAGACAACAGAGCAAUAUCCUCUACAAAUUCAGGAGCUUUCACAAUUCUUCUUCAGGAAGGAAUUUUGGUCACAAUUGGGAAUCUAAUUCUGAAUGCAUCCUUCAGAUACAACUAUGUUGGGGAUAAUAAUGGGAGGAUGUCCGGAGAACUCUAUGAGUCCAUCUGCUCCCAGACCAUGGUUGGAUGGUAUCAUACCAAAGAUAAUACAGUAUGGGGAUGAUUCUAUGCGUACAAAAAUAGCAGAACACCUGAAGACUUUGGGAGAAAUAAUCAUGCAAUAAUUGAUCUUGACGGAAUACUCUAUACUCCAGAGACCUUAAAGGAUGAGAGUUAUUGGGAUGGUGAUGAACCUUCGUCUCAUUUUAGUAUUUAUGAGACUAGAGUAAGCCAAGCUACUGCAAACCCAGGAAUGCCUUACUUCGAUCCCUUUAGUUUAGUAGGCAGAGAGCCCAGCUCAAUUGCAGAACAUGAGCUUCCUGAGUACCUAAACUGGGCAGAUGUUAAUGGAGAAUCUUAUUUUCCAGAAAUAAUAUCACAACAAUGUGGAGAAUGCUACAUUGAAGCAUUCUUACAUGCUUAUGAGUCUCGAACGAGGAUCCUCUCUCGUAACAAAUUUCAGCCAAGAAUCAGCAGGGAGCAGAUCCUUGGCUGCAACUUCUAUUCUGAAGGAUGUGAUGGUGGUCUGCCAAUCGCUGCUGCAAAGUUUGCUAAUGAAUUCUUCAUGGUUGAUGAAGAAUGCUAUUCCCAAAAGUGUAUCCAUCCUACCAAUAUUUCUGAAACAAUCAGAGAUGAUGUCUGCUGUGAUAAAUGAGACAAUGAAAGAAUUAAAUACAAAGUUGAUCAAUACGGAUAUGUAGGAGGAUACUAUGGAGCUUCUACAGAGCUUGGAAUCAUGCGAGAAAUAGCAGCCAGAGGGCCAGUCUCUGCUGUCCUUAAUGCUCCUGAUGAUUUCCUCAUGUACAUUGGAGGAAUAGCUUAUCUAGCUACUCCUGUAAGAAAUAGUGAGAUAAGUAGGAUCUCUGAUUAUGCAUUCAGCUAUUUUAUUUCUGCCUCAAAGAACAAAAUUAGUAAAAAUACCAUGCGAGAUCUUGAUCUUGAAUUUGAAUAUGCUAACCACUCUGUUGUCAUACUUGGAUGGGGCUACGACGAAGAACUUGACCUAGAGUACUGGAUCUGAGCUAACUCUUGGGGUAAAGAUUGGGGUGAAAAAGGGUAUUUCAGAAUUGUUAGAGGCACUAACGAAAUGGGAAUUGAGACAGCAGCAGAGUAUUUCACAGUUUUAGUUGAAAUCGAGGGCAUUCCUGAAAUAUUUUAAGCAU